CAGUCGCUCGCGGCCCGCUCGCUUGGUCGACCGUCAACGUUAUCACACUCAAUCUUUGGUUUUGGGGCGUGUAGUACAAAUUUAACAUUAUUAUAUUCUGAAAUUAUCACAAGUUCCACAUUCCUUGAAUUGUUAAAGGCCCAUUUGAACUUUUCUUUUCUAUAUCACCAGUUAACCGAAUAACAAGGAAUGGAAGACCUGAGUUUUUUGCCCGAUCUCCCGAGUGGGCCCCUGGAUGUGUUUAGAAGAACCGCCACAUUCGAUUGGAAACGUUUAAAACUAGCGCUAGAAGGCGAUAUAAAUCUACUAAAACUUAAGUACAAAAUAUGGCACACACUAGAGAAGGACCCACUCUUCGCGCACUCCGCAGUCACCCCAUCUGUGGAAGAGCAGAAACGCAUCACCCAGCUGCAAGUUAACAGGAUAAACCAGUACAAAUUCCUCACGCCCGAAUUAAUGCGGUUGAGUUACAUUAAAAAAACCAGAGCAAUAAUGACAAUCAACGAAGCAGUGCAGUCGCUCAACCCUAGCGUGUCAGUGAAGAUGGCUAUCGGCAUAUAUUUGCCCUCAAACGCACUGCUUUCGCUGGGUACUGAGCGGCACUAUAAGUUCUACGAGGCACUACUAGUUAAGAGAGAGAUCCUAGCGGCAUUCGCGCUGACAGAAGUCGCGCACGGCUCAGACGCGCGACUGAUGCGCACGACCGCGACGUACGACGCGACGACGCGAGAAUUCGUGCUCCACUCACCGGACUUCGAGGCUGCCAAAUGCUGGGUUGGUAAUCUAGGUCGGACAUGUACCCACGCGCUAGUGUUCGCUCAACUAAUCACACCAGAUGGAACAAGUCACGGUCUACACGGUUUUAUGGUACCCAUCAGAGACCCGGAAACGUUGGAGACGUAUCCAGGUCUCAUUGUUGGCGAUAUGGGGGAGAAGAUUGGAGUCAAUGGGAUUGAUAAUGGGUUCAUGAUGUUCAACCAAUACCGGAUACCGCGCGAGAAUCUCCUGAACCGAACGGCUGACGUCACAGAAGAGGGGGUAUACGAGAGCUCCUUCUCCGAACCCUCCAGGAUACUUGGGGCUGCCCUUGAGAAUUUAUCUGCAGGUCGUAUCGGCAUAAUGCAAGAGAGCUGCAACUCCAUAUCGUCGUGCGUGUCGAUCGCGGUGCGGUACGCGGCGACCCGCGCUCAGUUCGGCAGCGCGGCGCGCGAGAUUCCGCUGCUAGAGUACGAGUUGCAUCAAUGGCGGCUGUUCGGUUAUGUGGCGGCGGCCGUAGUGUUCAAGGUAUACAUCGAGAGCUUCACCAGGAUAUAUCUGAAGAUUGUCGAGGCCUCGAAUUCUGGUCAGAAAGUUGAUAAUUUGAGCGAAUCGGUGUCAGAAAUUCACGCCAUGGUAUCCAGUAGUAAGCCCAUGACAACUUGGACUGUGCUGAGGGCAGCUCAACAGUGCCGCGAGGCCUGCGGUGGACACGGAUUUAUGAAGCGAGCAAACCUAGGCGAAAUCCGCCGCAACCACGAAGCAACAGUAACCUACGAGGGUGACAACAGCGUGCUAUCCCAGCAGGCGGGCAACUGGCUUCUCCGGCAGUACGAGUGCAGCAAAACGCAGUCAGUCGACUCCCCGCUAGGAACCGUCACAUUCCUGAACCAUAGCCAUGAGAUUAUGGAGCGCCGCUUCGCUUGUACACACACUUCGCAACUAAAGGAUAAAGAAUUCAUACUAUCAACCUACAAAUGGCUGAUCUGCUGGCUCCUAAAAGAAACCCACGAAAAAUACGAAUCUCUCCUCGCGAGCGGCCUCACAAAGUUCCAGGCGAAAGCCAAAUGCCAGGUGUACAAGUGGCAGACGUUGACGGAAGUUUACGCCGAGUAUUUAGCUCUUCUGUUCUGUUGGGAGGCUAUUGGGAAGAAAGAGAAGGAGCUACAGCCGAUUUUGGAGAGGCUGUUUUUGCUGUACGGUCUAUGGUCGUUGGAUAAGCAUUUAGUGGAACUGUACCAAGGCGGUUUCGCGUCGGGUCCCGCGCUGGCGUCGCUCGUGCGGAGCGGCGUGGCGGAGCUGUGCUCGGCGCUGCAGCCCGACGUGGUGGCCGUGGUGGACGCGCUCGCACCCACUGACUUCGUGCUCAACUCCGUGCUCGCCAAGAGCGACGGCAAGCUAUACCAAAACCUUCAAAAAGAGCUGUUCCACACACCGGGCGGCAUGGAGCGGGCGACGUGGUGGCGGGACGUCGUUCCUACUCCGCAGUCUAAGCUGUAAGCGUACUUAGCAUAUUAUAUAGGAGGCUUGGAAGUAUCGUUAUACCGAAGUCAAGGUAUAGUUCCAAUUCUGGAUUCAAGCGGCCACAGGAUUCGACGUAUUUUAAUAAGGACAUAGGCCCUUAUAAUUUCAAAAUUUUAUCUUUUGUUUUCAGUUUUACUUUUAAAGGUGCCAUACGAUUUUUUAUUAUUUUACUCAGAAAUAUGUAAGUGAGAUAAAACACAAUAUAUGUAGUUUAUAUCACGUUCAUAAUAGUAAUUUUCUUAUUUUUCCAUUCACUUCGUCUGCCAUAUACACGUGACGUCACGUUUGUGUAUAAUUUAGUGAGCGUUGCAAGCGUUGAGUACGGAUGUUAAAAUCGGACUAUUUUGACUUUUAUAUUGCUUUUAUAAAAUACCUUACACAACGGGGUCAUUGAACCAUAUUGACAAAGGCAAAGAGUUCAAUUUGUCAUAUCUAUAGUCUUAUUUUUGUAUGGUAUUCAUAGAGAAAUAAGCCCUUUUGAAAAGACUCCUCAUUUAUUUUGUUUUGAUCAUUUUUCAAACAAAACAAAAUCAACUCUGUUCCUUACAUUGUAGAUUCAAAUUUCACUGACAAGGUUUGGAUAUUUUUCUUGUAUGAAUGGGCCUUAGGAGGCUAUACUAUUAGAGGUUAAAUUUAAUAUGAAAGUGCUGCCGCCGCUGCAUGCUGUCGGAAUUGGAAUUGUACCUUAACGCCCAAGGAGGCAUCAGAUAUACAAGAACAGUUUAUGAAAUGUUAGAAUUUUUUAUAAAGAUCGGGAAAUUAGGGAUUAUUUUUGUUAAUAUGUGACCAGGAUACAUUGUACUCGAAUCAUAUCUAAGUAUUUAACUGGAUCUUUACAUAUAAUGUGAUUAAAUUAUUUAUUCGCGUCGAUAAACGACAAAUAUGCAUGGUAUUAGUAAAUCGAAUGAUUACUUGAUUAUCAUAUGAAUAUUUUGCUCCUGUAUAAAACAGUGACCUGUAGGGCUAAUAUGGUCGGCUCUUUAUCAUUUGUCAGCAUGCCUGUCACGUUCUAACAAACAUUUAAGUGCGAUUGUGACGCUUGGCACGACAGGUGAUAAUAAUGCGACCAUGAUACCGCUUAUGUACUUGUUUAUUGUUUAUUAAUAUCAACUUUAAUGCUAAAUAACUGUCAAAUGCAUUUUUUCACGCCAAAAAGCAAUUACGAGAAUUCGUAUUAAGUCAAUUUUAUUGUAUUUUUAUUGUUUAUUAUUGCAUAUAUUUUUUUAAUCGUAUUGUUUUGAUUACAUACAUGUAUUGAUUGCAUGCAAUUUAUUUGACAUUUUAUUAUAUUAGUUUAAUGUUAGUAAGGGAUAAUGUGAGAUAUGUGUAGGGCUAGCAUAAGUGAUAGUAAUAUUUCGUCGCCAAACUUUUUAUUAUUUUAUAAAGCAAAAGAAAUAUAGUCUGUCAAGCCAUUUCCGUCAGCAGGGUUAUCAUCCCAUAGACAAUCUGAAUUUCGCGCCUUAUUGACAGAGUGGUUUGACAGACUAUGCGAUCACGUGCCUCGGGAACUUAUGCUAGUCCUAAACUUUUUAUUUUUUUAAGUUAGGUAAUAAUAUUGUUUCUAUUUUUUAAUUCCAUAUGCAAAUUAAAAUAACGGUGUCCAGAUAACGUUAUUAAAAAAAAAAGUGUUUAUAUUAUUUACAAAUGGUAUAUGGCUAAUAAAGUAUUUUGCAAAUAUGGUACAGUCACCAUCAGAUAUAUCGGAGCGGCCAAGGUGCUCAAAAAUAUCUGAACACGCCUCUAUUGUGAAUGCGUUAGUAUGUGUUCAGAUAUAUGUAAGCACGGGACAUUGAGUUCAUGUGUCCGCGGCCGGCAAAACGCACUUUGUCACUUUCCAUAAAGACGCUUUGAUAGGUUAUUCGUAUAAGAUACAAGCAAAUCUCGUCCUUAUGGUAAGCGACAAAGUUGCACCUUUGAUGAGACUUCGACCAAAGAUGUAUUGUUUGAGUAUUAAGAUGUGUCAAAUCUAAGACAAUUUUGUGCUUCGAAUUUGACAGAUAAACGAGAUGGACCUGUACAGCUCCAUACAUUUUGCGGUAACUUUGACUGUCAAAAGUUGACGUUUGACAGAUCAGUGACCGCAAAACAUAUGGCGCAGUACAGCGCCAUCUGUUUUUGAUGUCAAACUAACGGGCACGUUUUUUUCUUAGACUUUACCUAUUUAUUAUAAUCAAUUCUCUUUGCUUCGACACAUAUUUUAGAAUGUUCAGAUGUUCUAUCGGUUAUUUUGCCAAUGUGGUGGUACAAGGAAAAUACAUAUAGUAUUUUGCAUAACGGGUAUAGUGUAUAUUUAAUCGGGUAUUCUGCGAUAUAAGUGUUGGCUAUGUGAUGGUUGCCACUUUCAACGAGGGUGCGGAGUGUUAGGGUCGGCAACACGCAUGUUACACCCCUGGAGUUGCAGGCGUCCAUAGGCUACAGAGACUGCUUACCAUCAGGCGGGCCGUACGCUUGUUUGCCGCCGACGUAGUAUAAAAAAAUCGGGCAAGUGCGAGUCGGACUCGCGCACGAAGGGUUCCGUACCAUAUAAAAAAAAAAAACAAAAAAAAAGCAAAAAAAAAACGGUCACCCAUCCAAGUACUGACCACUCCCGACGUUGCUUAACUUUGGUCAAAAAUCACGUUUGUUGUAUGGGAGCCCCAUUUAAAUCUUUAUUUUAUUCUGUUUUUAGUAUUUGUUGUUAUAGCGGCAACAGAAAUACAUCAUCUGUGAAAAUUUCAACUGUCUAGCUAUCACGGUUCGUGAGAUACGGCCUGGUGACAGACGGACGGACGGACGGACGGACGGACGGACGGACGGACAGCGAAGUCUUAGUAAUAGGGUCCCGUUUUACCCUUUGGGUACGGAACCCUAAAAAAGAUAGCAGAACCUACAACGCGCACGGUCCCUAUUUUACAAGUCUCAAAUUAACCAAUGUCACUUAGCCGCCAACACUCUUAAUCUAUUUUUAGUUACCUAAAAUUAAAACUACCUACAAAACUAAACUAACAUUAAAAUAAACCUACUUAAAAAUUAAACAACAAUAGAAAAAAUACCCACAUAUGAAAGGUCCCCCAAGUCUGAGCCCUGCGGAAGGGUGCCCAUGAGGCUGGCUACAGGGUAAUAUAGCCAGACACACACACACACACACAGACACACAGACACACACACAGACCCACACACAGACCCACACACAGACACACACACACACACACACACACACACACACACACACACACACAGACACACAGACACACUUGGGCACAGACUUGGGGGACCUUUCAUAGGUGGGUAUCUUUUCUAAAAUUGUUGUUUAAUUUUUUAAUUUUUAGUUUACAUAUAGUUUUUAUCUAAUUUGUCAUUGGCAAUUAAUUCGGUCACAAAAUAUGUUGCAAAUCAAUCGGAAUGAAAUGAAUUUGAAAUUAUAUAUUAAUCAUAUUGUUUUUGAUAUAUGUUGGUAUGUACAAAUGUAUUUUUUACAUGGGAUAGCACUAUAAUGUUACUUACCUGAAUGAGUAUUAAGUGUUUCUAUUUUUUUUAAUCGGUUAAGGUGUGGCAAAAGAUUAACCUAACCUCCCAAGGCCCAGCCAUACAAAUGAUAAAUGCAAUAUUUGCCACAGAAAUUUGAACGUUUAGUCUAGGAAAUAGAGUUGAUUAUGCGUUGUUCAAAAACUGAACGAAACAAAGCAAAAGCAACUCUGUUCCAGUAGAAUAUGAAUAAUAUGAUAUAAAUUUAAUUGAACUGAAUAAGUACUAUAGGUAGGACCUUGGGCUUUAGGAGGCUAAAACAUUAUUUAGGGGUACCUAUACACGAUGAUUUUUAAUCGGUGAUCAGGAACCAAUUUUUCUAAUUCAGUCAGCGACGGCGAUCACAUUUAACUAUGAAACCAACCGCGAAAUCGCGAAAAAAAAAAUAAACUCUCUCAUAGAAAAUAUCAACAUCGGACCAACCCAAAUGUAUGAAACAGGCAAUUUUUUUUGUGAUUUCGAAGUUGGUCCGAUAGUUAAAUGUGAUCGCCAUCGACGACUGAAUAAGAAAAAUUGGUUCCUGAUCACCGAUUACAUUUCUUGGUGUAGAAGUCUUAUGUUGUAUAAACUGCCAAAAAAUCAUUUGCAGUCAACUGGCUACACCUUAAACCGCCGUAUUACUUUAAGAUUUAAGAUCCACUAGCAAAUCAAUUUAUUUAUUUUGUACAAUUAUUUAAUUAUUAUAAUGUUACAGUUUAACUUUUUCAAUGUUAUUUAACACCAUUUCAUGAUUUUACUUAAGUUACGCUCGUAGUGCCACGUAGCCUUAGUUUUUCCGGUAUGUAGCAAAUUGUUUCCUAUAGGCGUUACGACAAAAUGUCGCGACCAGCGUUGAAUGGGUUAACUUUGCAUUUGAGUUUACUGUCAAUACUUGGUUUUACUUAGCUCUGUAAAUUAAUAGGGAAAUAUAUUGUCUAGAUUUUUGUUAGAAGUGCUAUAUUGGUGUCUAAUAAUAUUAAUAAUUGUGAUAGAUUUUUCCAACAUUUCAUUUUAGAUAUUCUAAUACAUCUACAGAAAUAGGGUGGUUUGAUAACGGGUUAACUUACCAUAUAUUAGUAUUACAUUUAAUAUUAAUUUGCCGGAAUUAUUUUAUAGUUAUUUACGAUCGAAGUGCGAAUGACCUAUGCGCACGUGUAUCGUACAUUUUCCAGUACAUAUGGCCCUUUAAAGGACCAUGGGCAACUUUGUAUGGAGCCUGGACCCAACGCCAACAGAAAUGAGAGUAAGGUCAUUAGAUAGGUAUUUCUAUGUACUUCAUUUUGUUCUAUGGGCACCAAGCGGAAUUCCAUUGCAGAACAGAGAUAUUGGUAUUUUAGCCAAAAUGUCGUCACCCUUAUUACCCAGUCAAUACAGUCCAAGUAAGUAAAUUAAUUGCUGCAGGGUAGAUGUUCGCGCACCGCCGGGCGAGCACACCGAAUGAAUUGCCGCGUUCGCCCGGCGGUGGACUCUAUUGCCUAGGUACGAGGGUUGCACUGAAAAUGUCGGGAAUAGAGAAAACUGUCGCAUCUAGACGGUCAAUCUUUAUUUUAAUACAUACUUAAACUCAAACUGACCACGCAUAUAAAUUUUCUUUUGAAAGUAAUCAUUCUGUAAUGCACACGGCUCAUAAUCCCAAAGUCCUUUUUGUAUGGCGAUUUUGGGGCCUUAGUGGUUUUGUAUGAAAUUCGUGGAGUAGCCAACGGAAUUGAAGUUUUUUUACAUAUAUAUAUAUAUAUAAAAGAUUUUUUUACUGUUGUCAUAUGAAUAUUUAGGAAUGUCGAAAUCUGCCGAUAUGCAACUUUUUUGGCAGUCUUUUUAAUUAACAGCACAAAUGCGAUUUUAAUUUUUGACGUCGCUUUGGAAUGACAUGCUUCUUUAAGAUCACCCAUGGGAUAAAAUGAAAGUGACUUUCAUAUUUAAUUUUAACUGCAAACGAGCGUACGAUGAACUCUAGUUCAUAAAAAAAUAACAGAAGCCCAUUGUAACUUUUAUUUGUUCGCUGAGGGCAUAUUGAAAACCGUUUAAAAAUAUGAUCCGAAAAAUCACUUGGCCAAAAAUUCAAAUAAUGUUCGACAUACAAUUUUCAAAUUGCCAGUAAUUCUUAAAUACAAAUGACAACCAAAUGGAAUAUACCUUAAAAGUUUUAUAAAGAGUUACAUUUUUAUAAAUUAUAUGCCUGUUUCUAUUAUGUUAUUUCUAAGUGUCCCAUUCCCGAAUAUUUCAGUGCGACCCUCGUAAUAAGGGUGACGACAUUAUGACUAAAAUACCAAUAUCUCAGUUCUGCAAUGGAAUUCCGCUUGGUGCCGAUAGAACGAAAUGAAGUACCGAGAAAUACCUAUCUAAUGACCCGACUCUCAACUCUGUUGGUUUUGGGGCCAUUUUGACGCAUAGUCCUUUCGACGUAGUUACGUAAUGUGCUUACUAUAGCACAGGGGUAAUGGAGCACUACAUCUAGUAAAUAUACUUAGUGUCAAAGAGCCAUUUUAAAUGAAAUUAAAAAAAUGUUGGUAUAAAAUAUUACAAACGCAUUGCGAUUAGAUAGUGUUUUAUAUAUAUUUUCAAUGGGGAAUACUACCUAAGGUAAAAAUUAUUUCAUGUAUCUGACGUAUAUCUUGAAAUUAUUAGAAAGUAAUCUAUAUAUAUUAUGCUUCUGAGGUAUUCUAGAAUAAAUAUGUAUUUAAAGAAACGAUGUGUCGAGCUUAUAAAUGAAAAUAUAAAUAGUCCAUAAUAUGUAGUAUGUUUAGUUUCAAAACGGCUUCAAACGACCAACCUGGGGCCUAUUGCAUAAUAAAAUACAAGCUAAUACUAUGAGUGAAUUUACAUACAAAAUCACUAAUAGUAUUAGCUUGUAUUUUAUUAUGUAAUAGGCCCCAGGGAUCAUUGGGGGGGCCUAGUCAAGAUUACAAUCGUUGACAGAAAACGCCAAUCGAAAUUUAAAUAAUGUAUGGAAAGAGUCACGUGACUUUUCGCAGCAUCUGUCAUUCCGAUACAUUUCUUCUUUUCGUUUGGCGUUCGUCGAUGUACAAUUGUCAACUUGUCUAGACCCUCGGAUAUGCUUAUAAUGAAAUUUUAUUCCAGUUUAGUCGAAUCUGACUUUAGAAAUAUACCUUUUAUGCCUUCUUUCAUACCUUAAGGUAAUAAAAUUCUCGGUAUAUACAUAAGGGCGGCGCCAAAUGUUUCUAUAAUUAAUUUAAGUAAACGUUAACAGGGUAGUCAGAAACACCCUGUAUGUAUUAAUACUAUUAAUAGUUAUAUUGUUCAAUGGAAUGUUAUUUCUAUUAUGAAUGUUGUCGACUUUUAAACGUUUUAACCUACUUUAGUAUAAAAGCAUUGAUCUUAUAAGAUGUGUAAAAAAAUCGUGCCCCGAAUUUGGCAGCUGUAGAUGGCAAUAAAAUUGACAAACGUCAUAUUUUGACAGCCAGACUGCCCUCCUAACGAAAAGUGCAAUAACUCGAGUUUUGGGUCAAGUUGAGUUAUAUACAUAUUCGCGUUGAGCAUAACGAGUUCUAUAUUUUCUUCUUAGACAGUUUUAAGGUAUCUGUAACGUAAACAUGUUUUUUAUUAAUCAAAACUGCAAUAUCUGAAGCAAUGACUUGUGAUUUACUUAUGAAGAACGACAUAACUGUAGUUAUCGCUCUUAUGCUUAGUAAAAUUAUGAUAACAAAUGUUAGUCCAAUAACUAAUCAUAAACGCAAUAAGUGAAGUUGUUACACUUAUGUUUAGGAUUGUCGAAAUUUUAAUGAUAAGUUUAUUUAAUAACAAGGCAAUACAACUAAGUUAUUGCAUUUAUGUUUAGGACGAUGGGGCACAGACAGUAUAGUUUUACCAAUAACGGUGCAAUAUGAUGGCAAGUUGUCGCAUUUAUGAGUAGUAAAAUGUUCACUGCGGGCGAAGGGUACGGAAUAAGUUUCGAUUUUGUGCCAUGAGCAUCCAUCAGUCGCCUAUUUUUGUUAGAUUUUUUUAUCGAAUAAUAUAAUUGUCAAAGUAACUGAUCGCAUAAGAAACACCACGCUCCGCUCUAAAACCCGCAUUGCUGACUUAGGCGAAAAAACCGCUAGGCUCAAAUGGGACUGGGCCGGUCACGUCUACCGCAUGCAUCCGGAGAGGUGGGCUAGCUUAGCCACCAGGUGGAUGCCGGUAGAGGGACGUGGCCGCGGUAGGCCCAAACGGAGAUGGCGAGAUGACCUGGACAACUUCCUGAACAACUGGCCGGAGGAAGCACCAAAUCGGGAGUCGUGGAAAUUAAGGGGAGAGGCCUUUGCCCAGGAGUGGGACACUCAAAUAGGCUAGUAAAAAAAAAAUAUAAUUGCAAUAGUGAGACAUGAAAAACUAGUAUUAUUUACCAGAAGUAGGACUCUAAAAAUAAAUGUUUAUUUUUUUUAUUACUUGUGUUAUUGUAAUGUUAUGUCAUAUAAUCUUUAAUAGAAAAAAACCGACUUCUCAAAAUAGUUUGAAAUGCCAUAUAUACAUUAUUGGCUGGUAUUUAACUGAUAUAGUAAUUAGUAAUCCACUUCGUCACCUUUUUCUCGUAGCAUAUUUCGUUUCUGUAAGGGUCGCAGUUCUAACCUAACCUUACCCACUUUUCUAGUAGCACUUCGUUUCUCUAAGGGUCGCAGUUCUAUCCUAACCUAACCCACAAAAUCGAAAUCGCCAAACUAUGCAUCGUUGAAGAGUUCUGUUCUAAUCAUCAUCAGCAGUUCCACUUCAUCAAAUGCGACAGUUUUUAAUGUAAACGCUUGAUUUUCUGUUGAAAAUACAAAAAUCUCUAUACGUAUGCCUUUAAGAUUUGAGGAGUUCCCUCGACCUCAUGGAUCCCAUGUUCAGAACUCGAGCUUGACAUAAAUGUGGCUUAAAAACUUAAUUUGCUCAAUAAACAUAACGAAGAGGACAAAUCACCACACGUGAACUAUGCGUCGUUGAAGAGUUCUGUUCUGAUCAUUAUCAGCAGUUCCACUUCAUCAAAUGCGACAGUUUUUAAUAAAAAUACUUGAUUUUCUGAUGAAAAUACAAAAAAUCUCUAUACGCAUGCCUUUAAGAUUUGAGGAGUUCCCUCGAUUCCUCGUGGAACCCAUCAUCAGAACUCGAGCCUGACAAAAAUAUGGCUUAAAAACUUAACUUGCUUAACAAACAUAACGAAGAGGACCAAUCGUAAAACGUGAACUAUGCGUCGUUGAGGAGUUCCCUUCUGAUCAUCAUCAGCAGUUCCACUUCAUCAAAUGUCACCUUUCUUAAUGUAUAUGCUUGAUUUGAGGAGUUCCCUCAAUUCCUCAUGGAUCCCAUCAUUAGAACUGGGUUUUGACAAACACGGGACCAAUCUGUACAUCCAAUUAAAAAAAGAAUUUUCAAAAUCGGUCCUGUAAUGACGAAGGUAUGGAGUAAACAUAAAAAAUAAAAAUAAAAAAAUAUAAAAAAAACAUACAACCGAAUUGAUAACCUCCUCCUUUUAGAUUUGGAAGUCGGUUAAAAAUACACUUUUGCAACAACCAUAAUAGAAAAGAAAAUUAACCACAUCGUCUUACUAAUUAAAACUGCAAUAAGUAAACUACUUAUUGUACUUAAGAUUCAAGCAUACAGUACAGCAGCAUACUAUAAUUGCUUAAAAUAAUCGUAAUAUCUUGAUUACUAACGAUAAGUGCAAUAAGUAGACUACUUAUUGCAGUUAUGGCUUGUAAUUAUAUCAUGUCUGUAUUGGACCAUCCUAAGCAUAAGUGCGUUUGCUCAUUUUUUAUAGUAUAAAUAAAUAAAUAAAUAAUUAUUAGGUAUGUACAAAUAAACUCAAAAAUAUUAUCUAUUUUUUGGUCAAAGUUUCAAGUCAAUAGGAUGUGUAAUAUUGGAGAUAUCAACUAAACAAAUUUAAAAUCUUUUACCGCGUUUUUCUCGAAAGUAGCUUGACUCUAGUUAUUGCACUUUUCGUUAGGAGGGCAGCAGAGUUACCGCAUAAUGUACGGAGCCGUACAGCGCCAUCUACUGUCGAAUUCGAAGCACGCGUUUGUCAUAACAUUUAAUACAAUCGACAAAAAAAUAAAUUAAUGUAUGGUUAAAUAUCUGACACUAUUGGACAUUUUACACGGCAUGUCAGGUGGGAAAAUUAAUAAUUAUUGUUCAUAAAUAUUUGAAUUAGAUCUGUCAAAGGACUGCGGUCUUACUGCGGUAUGAAUAAGGGGAUUCAUAACCGCCACAACCUCUACCAACCUCAAAUACGGUCAAUUUAAGUUCAAUUCUAUGAGAUUUUUCACAAAUAAAAUUUACUUACCAGCAUUUUAUGAGUGAUGACAUCUGACGGGCCGUGUAGUAUGACUAUUACAAUUUAAAAUUAGAAAAUUUAACAUAUCUUAAAUGUAUAUUUAACAGUACCGCAGUCUUAAAAAAUCUUAUGUUACUAAAAAUCAAAGCUUACCUAUAAACAUUUUUCCCUAAAACAGUUUUCUUUUUUUGGAAAGAACUUGAGAUUUCUAAGAGUUUUUAUGUUUUUUUUACUGGAAUUUCUUUUUAAAUGUAAAUAAUUUUACCGUAGGGCCACGGAAGCGUGCGUUUCGUGGCCGAGGUGUUAUACUAUAUAUUUUAUAUUUGUUUAUUAUUUGUAAUUUAGUCACGUAACCAAGUCAUUCCUUCACUGUCGAUAAUUUAACUAUAUCUCCUCAGAAGUGCCUUCCUCGAAUGUAUUGUAUUAUCAUUUAUAAAUAAAUGUCUUCUAUGAA